AUGAAGGUCAAUUUUGCUAUAAUCACAGUGUUCCUUGUGGGCCUUACAGCUGCGUCUCCUGUAGCUGCCCCUGCCCCUGACUCAGUUGGGGAUCUUGAAAUUCGUGGCGAAUGCCACCGAAAGGAUUUCCACUGCAAGAAUUGGGAUUGGGGUCACUGUAAAUGUCUUGACAAGAAGAACUGUGACUUUAAAGACCCAUCAUGCAAGAAUUGGGACUGGAAGCAUUGCAAAUGUGAUGAUAAAUGCAAGAAAGACCCAUCAUUGACAAGUUUUUUUCGUGACAAUCCCACUAGUAAAGAGUAUACUCCAGUCAUCCUAGACAUAAUGUAA